AUAGGCGUACACGUAAGUUCAUUGUUUUAAUUUUUAGCAUAAAAAGGCAAAUUUGCAUUUGGCUCUUUUUAUUAUCAUAUUAAGAAAUGGCGAAAUUGUUGAUUACCAUCUUUAUCGUUUGUGCACUAUUUUGUACAAAUAGUAUAAGCCAUCCACUUUUUGGAAAAAUUGAUCCUCAGUGUGGAGUAGGUGGCUGGUUGAAUAAUUGCGCAUCAGAGUGCGACGCAGUCCCUACCUGCGCAGAACCGAAACCAGUAUCUAUCGAAGAAGACGGUAUGAUAUGUGCUAAUAAAUGCAUUAAAAAAUGCGUUUGUUACCAUGGAUUCCUCAUGAACGAUUCUGGAAAGUGCAUUAGGAGAAGGGACUGUUAUGCACCCAAAGUUGAAUAAUAGAAAUUUUUUAAGCAGACUUUUUUUGUUAAUUACUUAGGUUUUAUUUAAUUGGCUGUGAUAGUUAGUCAAGAUCAAUAUUAUUAGAUUUGUUGCUGAGCUGUAAGAUAGCAGAACAUCUUUAUUAGUGAAGAAUUUUGAAAAUUACAAAGGUUUUAGAAUAUA